CGCUGCGCGCGCGCACACGCCAUGCUGUUCCGGCGCGCUGCCGCGCUCCCUAGGUUCUGCCUCUUGUGCGUGUGCCGCGUACAACACGCUUUGAACCCCGCGGAGACCCUGACAAGUCCCGUCCGCAUUGUCAACGCCGGGAGUCGGGUCUGGGGAAGCGCGUGGGCGGGGGGCGGGUCCGUGCGUGGAGGGGACGGGGAGGACACGCGUGAGGACGAAGGGGAAGAGGAGGAUGAGUUGCUCCGCGCCCCACCCCUCCUUCCCUUCGAUGCACAGCGCGUGCUCGUCCUGCAUCCUGACGUCAGACGCCGGGCCGGAACAAAGCCUCGAAGCACAGCCGAGUGGCAGGUGGCGGAGGCAGCUGCGCUCGUACGCGCGCUUCCAGGAUGGUCGGUCGCGCGGACCCUGGUGGUGCCCAGCGCAGCGCCUGGCAGCAGGCUGGUGUUUGGCAAGGGCAACUUUCGGGACCUGACAGAAAAGAUCAAGGGAUGCCAGGACAUCACGUCCGUGUUCCUGAACUUGGAGAGGAUGGCGCCACCGACCAAGAAAGAGCUGGAGACUGCGUGGGGCUUGCGCGUGUUCGACAGAUUCACCCUAGUCCUGCACAUCUUUCGCUGUAAUGCACGCACGAGGGAGGCCCGGAUGCAGCUGGCGCUGGCAGAGAUCCCGCUCCUCAGGUCCUCUGUGAGCAGCGACUCUACGCAGCAGGACCAGCAAGGCUGGGGCUCCAGAUACAUCAUGGGGUCAGGGGAGUCACCCACGGAGCUUCGGGCCCGCGCACUCAGGGACCGGGAGCUGCGGCUCCGGCGUGUCCUCGAGCGGCUUCGGGAUAAGCGGAGGCUGAUGCGGAGGGAGCGAGUGCGGCGCGAGUUCCCUGUGGUGUCAGUGGUGGGAUACACCAACUGUGGGAAGACCACACUCAUCCAGGCUCUGACGGGUGAGGCUGCUUUGCAGCCUCGGGACCAACCAUUUGCGACUCUUGAUGUCACGGUACACGAGGGGUUGCUGCCCUCGCACUUGCGUAUCUUAUAUGUGGACACCAUUGGCUUCCUGUCCCAGCUGCCGCAUAGCCUGAUCCAUGCGUUUUCUGCCACGCUGGAGGACGUGGCUUACUCGGAUGUCCUGGUGCAUGUGACUGAUGUGAGCCACCCUGAUGCAGAGCUGCAGAAGGCCACAGUCCUGUCCACACUGCGGGGCCUGCAUCUGCCCCCUGCACUGCUGGAGUCAGCAUUGGAGGUUCACAGCAAGGUGGACCUGGUGCCAGGGUACACUCCACCAUGCUCUGGGGUCCUGGCCGUGUCUGCAGUCUCAGGCCGUGGGCUAGACGAGCUGAAGGCAGCACUGGAGGCGUCAGUGCUGCGUGCCACGGGCAGGCAGGUGCUCACGCUACACGUGCGCCUUGGGGGACCCCAGCUUAGCUGGCUCUAUAAGGAGGCAGUGGUGCAGAAGGUGCAGGAGCUGCCGGAGGGUGAUGCGGCCCACGUGACUGUUGUCAUCACCCAGGCUGCCUAUGGUCGGUUCAGGAAGCUGUUCUCCAUUGAUGCCCAUUCUGUCCUCCCACACUGACUGACAGUAGCUUAUUAAAGCAGGAUACGCACUUUGUACCCCUCA